AUGAACCCAGAGGAUGAGGCUGGGAUGAACAGGGUAUUGGAUACCCUCCAGAUCCCGCGCGCAUUCCCCCAAGUUUCAGCAGUGGCGGAUGAAAAGCGACCACCGGACGAGCCAACGGCCUCCAGUGUCUCAAGCAAAUCCCCGACCCAAGAACAGCCUGCCGUAAAUCCCAAGGGACAAACCCCGAUCACUAAUUUGGCUGUUUCUGGUGCAUCCCCAGCGCAUGAUACCCCAUCCAGUGGAAAGGUUCCGUCGCCUGAAGGUUGGAAUCCAUUUGGAAUGGUACAGGGCGCUUCCGACGAUCAAAACUUCGUCCAUUGGGGCUUCACGUUGCCAACGGCUGAAAGCCUGGACACGAUUUACGCCAAUCUAAACGGAGGAUCGGGAGCCUCUACAAUGCCUAAAAUGCCCGUCAACACGGAGCUGAGUCCGGAUAGCUAUCAGCUUGGUAUGGACAUGGCCCAGCAACCGGGGGUUUUGCUAGGCCAGGUGCCCAAUGACGGAGAAAAUGAUUCGGACAGCGGCGAAGAGGACGAGGCUGAAAAUGACGUUAUAGAGCAAUUGUCGCACCGAAUUGGCACUUUGAAAAUUGCGGGUGACGGCCAUCUGCGAUUCUACGGUCCCACGUCCAACCUCAACCUAGUGGACGUGUCUGCGACACAGCAGCGGCAGCGACCAGACGCGCGGACUGUGCGCCACGAUGGUCAGGAUAUUCUGAAUCACCUCCGGGUUGGUCAGCCAGUUGAUCAGGCCUUGGAAGAUCAUCUUAUAGAGUUAUAUUUCACCUGGCAAAACCCUAGUACAUACAUUGUCGACAAAGAGAUGUUUAUGAUGGCACGAACUAAAUGGCGCAACGAAUUGGAUGAUACUCCGUUCUACUCGGAGGUUUUGACCAAUGCAAUGUGCGCGAUCGGGAGUGCCUUUGAGGCCCGUUAUCACCCUACAUUCAUCACUUUUCCCAAGUCACUCUCUGAAUUCUUCGCAGAUCGUGCUAAGGCCCUUCUGGAGAUUGAACUUGACUCUCCUUGUGUUGCUACUGUCCAGGCCCUUGUCAUUAUGAGCUGCCACGAGGGUGCAUCGAAUCGCGAUGCUCGAGGUUGGCUGUAUAGCGGAAUGUCUAUGCGGCUUGCUUUCGAUCUUGGUUUACACCUAGAUAUGACGGCCUACGUCAACAAGGGCGAUAUCACCCAGUUCGAGGCUGAUGUACGCCGUGCAACCUUUUGGGGAAGCUAUGUUGCAGACCAUUUCUGGGGCUUCUACUUGGGCCGCCCGUUCCGCAUGAACGCUGGAGACAUAGGUGUUCCAAAACCUGGCUCUACUCUUUAUCCUGAAAAGGAAGAAAACUGGCAUCCAUACGGCCAUCAAGCUGCUCAUGGGCUAUCUGAGAACGGUCUAAGGAACCCCAUGGAACUAAUAUGUAGGCAAUUUGUCGUUCUAUGGGAAAUGAUCUCCCCAGUUGGACAUAUUUUGUAUGGAUGUUCCGAUAUCUCUCGACACGACUUGCAAAGAAUCUGCUAUCAAGUGACGGAAGAUUUGUUUGCCUGGAAAGCAAAUCUUCCUUCUAGUCUUCAGAUUAAUCUGGACGAUGAUAAAUCACCAGUAUUGCCUCAUUUGAUGAUGCUGCACAUGCAAUACCACCAGAUCAUCAUCUUCUUCCACCGUCCAUGGCUCUCCAAAAGCUAUAUCCAGCCCCGCAGCCCUCGUCAAGGCCCCGGGUAUCACCACGCACGGCGCAUGUGCGUAGAGUCAGCCACCGCCAUCGCACGACUACUCCAACUCUUCGAGAAACACUACACCUUCCGCCGCAUGAACAACCAAGUCGUAGCGAUCAUAUUCAGCGCAGCGCUCAUGCUUCUAUUCGUCACGGUGUCCGGUUCCCCAAUGAGUCCAGUCAAACACAGUGAAAGUCCGACGUUCCCCCGCAACGCAGAAAUGGUAGCAUAUCUCAAUCUAUGCUUCCGCGCUCUCGACGAACUCGGCCAAUCAUUCGACAAUGCUAAGCGCACCCGCGACUACCUUGUCACCCUCCAGCGACGUUGGCAAGCACACAUGCGCCGAUCCGGCUCAGCGACAAAACGCCAAAAUAGCAGUGCUAACUUGGAGUUGCUGGGCUCACAUAAGCAGUCUAUACAGCAUACCCGUGCUGUCAAUGCUUACGGAAUAGAUGGCUCACGGAAGAAAUCCCGUUUAUCUGUUUCCGAGGCACGUCCCCAUAUGCAGCCGACAGCACCUAUAAUGAACAACCAAUACUCCCGCCUCUCUCAGCAAACCAUGCCUCCUCAUCACCAAUAUCACCAGCAAAACCCUUAUCAACAAGCUCCCUUCCCUGUCCCAGUUCCUGAUUCCCAGUUAGGUGAUCUAGACUGGAUCCCUAACUCGGACAUGCGUCUUUUGUCAGAGACUCAAAAUGGCAACGUGGUAAAUGGCAUGGGCCAGAUUUCUUCUCCUCCCUUCCCCGAGGACCCCAACAUGCUCUCAGACAUUGCGGCCAUUGAUGGAUGGUGGGCAUCGGAAAACUAUAGGGGCUCAAUUCCGCCAUGA